AUGUCAAGUGGAGCCAAAACGGUCAGGUCGCGGACCUUUACCGGCUGCCGGAGUUGCCGCAGUCGGCAUGCCAAGUGCGACGAAGGUUUUCCCUCGUGCACAGCCUGCGAGAGACUCGGGAUUCCGUGUGAAGGAUACCAGCCACAAUUGCGUUGGCUCGCCGACCAUGGGGCCAGCCCGCAGGCGAAGACGGCAUCGUCGACUCAUCGGGGACCCGCGUCCAGCUAUCGAUACCCGCUAUUCUCCGAAGACGAACGUCGGCGGAUGAGCAUCCAAGUCGGGACGAGCUUGGGAAGCCGCUCGGCUUCCGAACUUGUUCUGCUUCUCGACGUCGAGAGUGAAAAGGCAGAGAGCCUGGACCACAUCUCGGCGGGCCCGUUUAGUGUGUUCAAUAUCAGGCCCUCGCAGUCAUGGCAGCCACUGGCAUCCCCUACUUUCAGCCCUCAAGCUCCAGCUCCAGCUCCAGCUCCAGCUCCAUCAAGGUCACCCGACGAUUCCACAGAAACAUCGCCCUCGACAUCGCUAGUUGGUGGUGAGGGUGACGGCCAUCUCGAGAGUAUCGUGCGGGAAGACUUUGAUGCUCCCAUGAUUGAGUUCCACCUGGGCAUGUUCGAUGACGACGCCCUCGUUACUACAUUUCACCAACAUGAGUCUUUUCCCGACCUAGAUCUUCAUUUCCCAGACUCGUCCUUUUAUGAUUUUGGCAUGCCGGGUAGCUUUUUCCACGAAGCCAUCCUACCCAACACGGGCCCUGGCCUACCCUGUGUCGGUCAGUCAAGAUUGGACAAUGCAGAUGACGAAACUUCGGCGCGUGACCUUGAUACCCCACCAGUUGUGUCACCUCGAAGCGCACUCGAGCGUGUCGACGGCAUGCAGAAUGUCCCUGAGCACGCCGGGCCUCUGCUGCGAUAUUACAAGCAGCACAUGAUGAAGCCAAGCUCAUCCAUGCAGGCCAAACGCAAGUCGCCAUGGCAGAUUCUCUUCCUGCCGUGUGCCCUCGAGACCUUCGCGGAGCUGACCCUGUGGAAUCAAUCAUCCCAUACCCGGUCCACCAUCCUCUACUCUCUGGUAGCACACAGUGCGUUCCAACUGCACCAGAAAAACAUCCCCGAAUUCCCCUCGACGGUCCCCUGGGGCGUUGUUGGGCUCAAACAUCAGCAAGCCGCACAGCGUCAUCUUCGCAUAGCCCUGCAGACGGAAAUGCAGGGGGGUGAUCAUGUCAAGUACACGCAGCUGCUCAUGGCGAUUCUUGCCGCGGCCAUGGUUUCCUUGUUCAAUAGCGCCCAUAAUUUUAGAAGUUUUCUUCUGGAUGCCGAGCGACUCAUACGUCUUUAUGGCUUGAAACAUCGAAAAACGUACAAGAUGCGUAUCUUGCACCACAUGUAUACAUAUCUUCGUGUUGUCGCCGAGAGCACUUCCAUCGCAAAUGCCGACGUCAACAACAAAGGCAGUUUCGGGACUCCCGCUGUGGUCCUGCGUAGGUUCCGCAUCGCUGAGGAUGCCUUGAACAUCGGCCUCGACCCGGCUCGCGAGAAGACGAUGGAGGUGGGCUACAACGACAUACAUCUCGAGGUUCAGGGGUACUGGAAGGAAACGCUGUUUACCGAGAUAUACGGAGUUCCCGAAUCCCUCAUUACGCUGUUGUCGCAGGUCAUCUCGUUUGCAAAUGAGAAGACGCGGCUGGAGUCUAAAGUUCGGAAUGAUCCGGCCGUGUCCACUGCGCUAAACCACCAUAUCAAAACAUUGGAAUCCAACAUAUGGUCUUGGAAACUACCGGGCGAAACGGGGCCACAGCCUCUGCAAGAUAGCGCCCACGGCCUUUGGGACCAGCCGAACGCGAGGUCCAUGACGCUGGCCAUGCACCAGGCCCUCAUAAUCUACCUCUACCGGCGAGUAUACAACGUGAAUGCCAUGAUUCUGCAAGACUCAGUGCGGAAAACCCUAGAUUAUCUACAACCCUGCAUCGACGAGGGCGUGGACGACCAAGACUUUGCGACGAGCAUUGUCUGGCCCGUCUUCAUCGCAUCUUGUGAAGCCAUGACGCCAGAGCUGCAGGAACAGGCGUUGAAGUGUCUCAGCGCCAUAGAUGACAAGGGGACUCCCUUCACCACCGGGCCCAUGAGGGACAUUGUAUUCAAUAUAUGGUCGAAGCGAUUGGCAUCAGGAGAUUGGACGCUGAGCUGGCCCGGCGCGUGA